AUGGCUUUCCCACAAAACGACGAGGACCCGUUCCUUCAGGUGCAGGCUGACGUCCUGGCUGCUCUUGACACUUCGAGGCCACUGUUCCAGUCCUAUCUUCGCAUCCGGUCUUCGGCCUCCUCUGCCAACAGUCCCGAACUCCGAGAAGCCCGCGGCGAACUGGAACAGACACUCCAAGAGAUCAGCCAAGACGUUGAGGAUCUCGUGGCGAGCGUCAAAGCAGUCGAAGUGGACCCAUACAAAUUCGGUUUAGAAAUCGAUGAAGUCGAACGCCGUCGAAGGCUUGUUAAAGAUGUCGGCAACGAGAUUGAGAAGAUGCGCCAAGAGCUGCAGCAGACGGUCAAACAUGCGAACAAGGGCAAAGGCGUAGCAAAUGGCGAUGUUCUGCCUGAUCCAGACUCGUUCGAGGACGAAGAUAACUAUGCGGCCUUUGAGCAGGAGCGGCAAAUGGAGAUGAUGCAUGAGCAAGACGAAGCCCUGGAUGGCGUCUUCCGCACCGUGGGCAACUUGCGACAGCAGGCUGAUGACAUGGGACGAGAGCUCGAAGAGCAGAGCGAGCUAUUGAAAGACGUCGACACCGUGGCAGACCGGGUUGGCGGUAAGCUACAGAUCGGUCUCAAGAGAGUUGGUCGGGUCAUUGAGCAGAACGAAGACUCAUGGUCUAGUUGCUGCAUUGCAGUCCUCAUAUUCGUCCUCAUACUACUCCUCAUUCUCCUGCUCAUACUCUGA